UUGCUGUCGUAUUGUAUUAGAUGCCCGACUCGAAAGAGGUAUUAAAUACAUCAGGAGACGAAGAUAAACAACAUAUUAAAUGUAUUUUUUCCUAUUGCGUUAAUGACAAGGCGAUAAUAUUCUCCAUCGUAUAGCAGAAGACCUCGCGAUCAAUUCCAGAGGGCCCGUUUCAUUUCCUACAUAGUAGUGAGCCACGUGACGAAAGGCAGCCGAAUGAAAGUUUAUCCGAUAUGUUGCCACUUAAUAUUAUUCAGUAUCCUGUAAGCAAGAUCAACGGAAUCAAGAUAUUUCUGGAGAAAAUGUUGUGAGCAUUAUUUGCGCACGUUGUAACCUAGCUGUGUUGUUAUAUGCAUUAGGACUAUAGCCUAAUAAAGCUACUUUGGAUUGAUUCAAUGGCAUGCUUUAAAAUAAUGAGGAAGUUAAACGGCUUAACCGUGAAUUGCUAUCAACCCAAUCUUCCACCAAGGGCAUGCGAUAUUAAUGCGUCGGCCUAGCUUAUUAUUUUAAUCAUUCAAUGUUGGCAUGCAGGAGUGAGCUGUACUUUUGCAAACUGACUUUGGCCACACCUAAAUCCUGUCCUAUUUUUCACAAAAAACGAAGGCUUUUCUCUUGGAGCAUUUGUUUGUGUGCCGGUGAGUACCCGGCUGUGAAACAUGAUAGGUCUAGGAGGUACCAACAGGGAAUAGGGGAAUGUAUAAGGCAGCAAUGGAGCAGAAUGGGCUACAGUGGGAAGGAGCGCCCAGCUGCUCGCGAGGCUCCUUCGCCUUCUACAAGUCGGUGAGCUCUCGCCUGGAGACGGGCUCCCUCGGCCCGGUCUGGAAGCUGGGGGGCUUCUACUUUGUUCGCUGUGGCCCCCACGAACCCGUGUGCAUAGCUGAGGUCACCCUGCUGUGGGAAGACCAAGCACAGCGCCACCUGCUGGCCAGCUCCAGACUGUACUUCCUACCGGAGGACACCCCCAAGGGCAGGACCAGGGACCAUGGAGAGGAUGAAGUACUGGCCGUGUCCAAGAGGAUCGUGCUGCGGGUGGAGGACUUGGCAAAGUGGGCCUGCGCUGAGCCACCGGUCUGGAGAGGAGGCCACGUGCAAGGCCACCUCGUGGGGAAAACCACUUCCUCCCUAACAGGCUCCCAACAGCCAAAGGAGGAGCCACAAGGUGGGGGUGAGGGGUCGUGUGUGCGUGUGCUGAGCUAUCCCCAGUAUUGCCGUUACCGCUCGCUGCAGAAGCGCGUGCAGGAGCUGGGGGGCUGGCCACGGCUGCGGGACCCCCACAUCAAGACCCUGGAGGGGAUCCGCAUGGUGCAGCACAACACGCGCGUUCUCUACUGCAGAGACACCUUCAACCACCCCACGCUUGACUCCAACGCCUGCAUCCUCACACAGCUCGGGUUCUCCUCUAUCCGUUUGAAAGGAAGGCCUCGUAAGCGUCGAGGCCGAUAUCCCAAAGUGCCCGAGCAGCCUACCGGCCAGCAGUCCGAGUCGUGGAUGGAGCGGAUGAAUGAGAACGUGCUGGGCAGUGCAGAGCUCCAGUGGGCAGGCGGUUGGCUGCAUCACCCCGAGGAACAGCUGUUUCUAGAUCAGCUCUUCAGCUUCAUGGAGCGCCAGGGAUCACCCAUCAGCAAGGUGCCCAACCUGGGCUUCAAGAAGAUUGACCUCUUCCUCAUGUAUUCCGUUGUCAAGAGGCUGGGAGGCUAUGAAAACGUGACGACGCAGCGCAUGUGGAAGGCGGUGUAUAAUGAGCUGGGUGGGAGUCCUGGGAGCACCAGCGCCGCCACCUGCACCCGGAGACACUACGAGAGGCUCAUGCUGCCCUAUGAGCAGUUCAUGAACAGCGGCUCCAAGCCUCCGAAGACCCAGGAGCCUGUGGUUCCCAUCAAACCCAUGAGGGGGCGCCCUCCCCUCCACCUCAAAAGGCAGAAGACAAAUGGAGUCUCUCCUCCACAGCAGGCGGUGACUGCCGACGGUGUGGUGGUGGUACGCCGGGGACGAGGGCGCCCACCAGGCCGACGGAAAGUCUUGGCAGCCAGGGCAAACCAGGGCCGGCACCCCCUCCUGGCCAAACCUCCACCCAGCCAGGGGUCGCUGUCUCCCCCUCCUCCUCAGGGUCCCCCUGCUCCAGCUCCACCUGCUGUUCCCCAGAAGCAGAACCACAGCACCCCCCUCCACUCUCAGGUCCACACCCCCGUGUCCUGCCCCCCCACCUACACCUCUACCCCCACCUCUAACCCCACCCUCCUGCCCUCCACCCCUCUUCCUGCCCCUCCGGUCAAGCCAGAGGAGUUGAAGCUGGAGCCUCAGGAUCUGGCUACCCCUAUACCCAGGUUCAGUGGUCUCUCCCAAGCAUUGCCUAGAGAGCCAGUCACCCCAGUGUCCCAGACGGGUGGUUUGACCCAGGGCACCGGUGGUUUGGUCAGCAAUGCCUCUCUGGCCGUCUUUAGCCCAACCAAGGGCCUGUGCCCUCUGGACCUGUUCAGAACCCGCCUGGGCCUGGGCACCCCUCUCAGCUCCACCCCCGUGCCCAGCAUGCAUCUCCAGUCCCUGGUGCGCCCACAGGCCAGGCUGUCUGCCCAGGCUAGCCCAGUGACCUCCACCCCGGCUGGGCCACGCAAGGACCCCCACCCCCCUCCUCAGAACCAGUACUCUGGGUGUGUGGAGCCAGAGAACCAGGGGCCUCUGAGCAGCGGGGCCACUCCGGGUGGAGUCUGCGGUGGUGGUGGGGCGGUGCAGUCUCCGCUGCUUCCUCUCCGGAUCCUUCCGUUGGAGCUGGACUGCAGCGUGCAGGUGCGGCAGCUGAUGCGUGGUAGCCUCGGGUCCGAGUGCGUGCAGAACUUCACCAAGAGGCUGACCGCGGCGCUCGCGCAGGACCUGGAGUCACCACGGGCAACGGCUGCACCACCCUCGUCCUCCUCACUGCCCUCCUCUUCCCCCACCCUCUCUCCUCUUCCUUCUCCCACCACUGUCGCCAUGGUGACGCAGGCAGAGCCGCUCAAUCUCAGCAGGCGGGGCGGGGUCAAGAGGUCUGCCGGGGACGACACGGAUCUGUCACUGCAGCACGACGGCGAAGACGACGGCCCGUCGUGGACUCCUGUUGCCAAGCAGCCGCGGCUGGACGCAGACGGACUCCCGCUGAAGCCCAAUGGUGGCGUGUUCCGCUUUCCGCUGUUCCAGGACCAGCCGGCCGACCUCAGCCUGCCCUGCCGCGUCCGAGCGAUUCUCAGGGAGAGCCGCCGCCUGGCCGCCAAGGGUCCGGACGCCGCCGAAACCAAGGACAUGCUCCCAAGACCAGCAACCACCUCCAACAGCACCCCCUGCAGGUCUGGAGUCAGCCCCGUGGUGGAGGAGCAAAAUUCGGCAGCAGGGCUGGGGGGUCCCCUACCUGGAGUCAACAGCGACCUCUGCAGGCCUGGAGUCAACAGCGACCUCUGCAGGCCUGGAGUCAACAGCGACCUCUGCAGGCCUGGAGUCAACAGCGACCUCUGCAGGCCUGGAGUCAACAGCGACCUCUGCAGGCCUGGAGUCAACAGCGACCUCUGCAGGCCUGGAGUCAACAGCGACCUCUGCAGGCCUGGAGUCAACAGCGCCCCCUGCAGGUCUGGAGUCAGCCCUGUGGUGGAGGAGCAGAAUUCGGCAGCAGGGCUGGGGAGUCCCCUACCUGGAGUCAACAGCACCCCCUGCAGGCCUGGAGUCUGCCCCACGGUGGAGGAGCGGAGUACUGCACCAGAGCUGGACGGUGCCCUGGGUGCGGCAGAAAGCAGGGGUGCGGAGGGAACACUGGACGGAGGGCUCGGUGGCAAGAGCCUUCUGGAGGUAGCCAGCGAACAGCUGAAACAUGGCAAAGGUGACCACACACAGCUGGCCAAUAGGGUACAAGAUACUCAGGGUGUCUAUGCAGUGCUGCCCAAUGGGAAGCUAGAUGCGCUUAGUGACCACAGCGUGCUGGCCAAUGUGGAUUCAGAUGCUGAGGGCAGCCACAGAAAGCUUGCCAAUGGGGAGCAAGAUGCUCAGGCUAAUGGAAGAACACUGGCUAAGUGUGAGAAAGACAUUAAAGAUGAACACAUGGCACUGGCCAAUGGGGUGCCAGACGGUGACAGCGAUGACCGAGCCCUGGCCAAUGGGGAGGGAGAUGCGGUGGGAUCCUUCAUUUCACUCAUUCUGCCAGACUCCCCUCCCCACAGCCACUGUAACUCUGUCGCCAGUACUCUCCUGAGUUAAACAAACAAAUAAACAAUUAAACAACCAAUUAAGACCUGCAUCAAUCACUCCUGCACUCCCUUCUCCAGCCCAUCACUCAGAUGCUGUACGUGAGCAAACACAUCAUCCAUCAUGUCAUGUGCUGUCUUUGGUGAUCACUCUUUCUGAGGUCCUCGCCUCCAUGUGUCACAUGUGAAGGUGUUGCUUUCCUCCCCGCAGUACCUGUGGGAAAACUCUGAGGACUUCAGGAUGAGAUGGUGGGCAGAGUGUGGACCCAGAGUGGACCCAUCACUGCACAGGGAUUUAACUGUCCUUUCAGCAUUACUCCGUUUGUCUGACAAGGGAUCAUGUGACUCCAAGAACACUAAAACGUUCCAGAAGCUUCACACGAAAGCAUUAUUCAUUCUUUAUUCUUUGAACAGAACCAGGUUUGGAACAGUAUUUGUGUUGUCAUUGGCCAGCGCACGUGUGUGUGCUGGUGUGUGUGUGUGUGUGCGUGUACGUUUGCCAUCUAUUCCUACUGAACUGUCUCAUUCAGCAUGUGGGAAGGUAAACGUCAGCUCUACUGGUGCUGAGAUAGGACUCUACAAUUGCCUUUGUGCCUGAACACCUGUGUGUGCGCAUGUUUGUAUGUGUCUGUGUGCGCAUGUUUGUAUGUGUGUGUGUGUGUGCGCAUGUUUGUAUGUGUGUGUGUGUGUGUGUGUGUGUGUGUGUGUGUGUGUGUGUGUGUGUGUGUGUCCAGACGAAAGACUUGUGCCAUUUUGCCAUUUUGCUCCACAUGUGUUUUCUUUUCCCUUGUUCUUUUUUAUUUAUCUGAAUCAGCGUUAUUUCAGUCCCUUCCAGGUUGGAGUGGUCUGCCCAACUACUGUAGUGCCUUUUGUUGUUGUUAUUGAUAUUGUUGUUGUUGUCUAACCUUUGUAUUCACGGGAUCACUCUUUCUUUCUUUCUUUCUUUCUUUCUUUCUUUCUUUCUUUCUUUCUUUCUUUCUUUCUUUCUUUCUUUCUGGGCCUGUUGAACUGUUCUGGUGUUUUUGUUUCUUUCACCUCGUUGUUUUAGUAUACUGAUCUAUUUAUUUUACUCCUCAGAUGUAACUUGUGUUGUCAGUCAGGUAAUGUGGGGUAUUUCCGUUAUAAACUCCUCUAUGACGAGCAUCAGUGGUUCGGCGUGAUCUCUUUUCGAAGCCCUUGUUUGGCUUGUGGGAAGCUGUACAAAUGAUUUCCAGAUGGCAUCAGCCUGACUCAGUAGUACUGGAGAAAAGUCUGUUAGGCUUCCAGAGAUGCCGUCUUUCUCUGCUACUUUUUACCUUUUCAUUUUACCCUAUUAAUUACUAAACAUUAUUAUACUGAUCCAACCUUUUAUUGGAGAUAUGUUUGUGCAGACAUUCAGAGUUUCAAACGUAGAACUCAAGAGUUUAGUUUACAGGCUGUUUUGCAUGUUCAAACCAUAGUCAUUUUUUUUAUCUGACUUUUAUCUUUUUCUGGUACACUGCACUCCUUCUUGACCUUGUAUUUAAGUUGAAACUGUUAUUAUUAUUAUUAUUAUUAUUAUUUGUAACAUGUUUUGAUUGUCAUAUCAAAUUGUUUUAGGAAACAGGAGAGAUUAGUAUGUCUCCCAUCUUCCCUGGUGUCUUGACAGCCAUUUUAUCUUGAGUGGGCCCUGUUUAAUGUCGUUCCCCAGGCAACCUGGUUUAAAGGGUCACUAACUACUGCUGUUUUAUUAGAUCAUAACCACCAUCACCCAGUUGUGAGCUGGAGCGAUGGGGAAGGAGUCCUUUUUGAAACCAAGAGAAGCUCUUCAGCCGAGAGAGACUCCUUAUGAUCUCCGCUUUUGCUUUUAGUUUGUAAUUCAGAGUGAUACUCCACCCUUCCCAGCCGUCAAAACCAAAAGCUGACCGCAGUUCAGUCAUGCGGCUUGAUUCCACAUCUGGUGGCCUUCAUCGGCUCUGACGCAGCAGUCCUCGGGGGUUUGGGUCGAUGGGUAGUUCACUAAUAACUUUCCCCUAGUGUUACUGUCACUACUUUCAUAUAUUUCUCAUACCGUUUAAAGAGAGGGUACCAGCAUGGUGAUUUCUUUUUAGAUCUUAAGGCGUUUUGUUAGACAUGGCAUUAAUUUGUUGCUUUAAAUCCAGUCUGUGUGUGUGUUUGGAGGGAGGGGGUGUAUGUUUAUAUUUAUGUGUAUGGGGAGCAUCAGACUAGCGCCAAACUGUCACAUGGUUUCCUUACUUGAACGAGUGCCACAAUGUUUUGAAAUCCUGUUAAACCUGUGAAGCAGUACGCGUGUUUGUUGAACAAACUUGUCAACCAUUCCUUUGUCUCUUCAGCAGUCUCUUACGGGGUCGAAUGCCUGUCGAUUAAAUAUGUCGGGGUGUAUGUGACUUAUUUCAACUAUGUGUGUGUUAACACUGAGUAUUUAUAAUAAAGUUCAGACAUAUUUGC